AUGGAAUCAACCAAUCAAUUAGAGGAGAUAAAGCAGAAAGGCAAAACUUUGAAAUUCGAAGAUGAUGACAAUGAUGAUGCUGAGUUUUUCUACAAUAAAGAAUUCGAUUUCACGAAUGACUUACCUGCAGUUCUCGAGAGAGGAGUUGAUUAUAGAUAAAAUUAGAGAUAAAAUCCUGAGAGACAGGAAUGCAUUUUUGAAAAGGAGCCAGAAGGAGCUAGUGAAUCAGACUAUGUAGUAAAUUUUUCACUUAGUCUCCUUGAGGCAUGUUCUCUCAACGAAAAAGUACCGAAUAUCAUAAGUCGCAUUCUUCUGAAUAACCUCUACAUUCAAAUGCAAGAGAAAGAGAUUGAGAUGACUGAAAGACAUCAGCAGAUUGCUCUUGAUAAACUAGCCAGUGUCAGAGCUGAGUUACUUUCAGAUUAUGUCACUAAAUUUAAGUUGACAAACCAUGUAGACUAGAAUUUCUUCGAGAAUCUAGCAAGAUAGUAUGUAGCUCAAAACAAGUUUCACGAGGCAGCAUUGCUCAUCUACAAAUUUAAGUUUCACAAUUUAUUCGAUCUUAAAGUCAUUUUGGACAAGCUAAUAGACUCAAACAGAAUGCCAGCUGCCAAGCAACUAUGCGAGGAUAGUGAGGAGUUGAAACUUUAUCUUAUCAAAGCAUUAAGCACUAAUGAUAACUGCAAAAUAGCAGCUCAGAUGAUUAAAGAGUUCAGAUUUGAUAUAAAUAACUUCCCAGAAGUCAAAGAAAGACUUAUGAAAAAUAGCAUGAGGUACUAUUUAGGAAGAUUUUUAUAUAAGAAACCAGGUUCUGACGACUAUUUAAGUCUAGAUAGAAUCGAGGACAUGUUCCUUGGUUUCAAACCUAUGCUCGCCUAUCUAGUUGAGGAUUUGGUUUUUAAAGGCAAAAUGAAUGAAGCUAAGGGUGUAGUUUUGAGAAAUUAUUUAGAUGAUACACUAAGAUAAGAUGUUAGAGAGCAGCUUAAUGAUGUUAUAUACAAUCCUAAUUUGGACCCUGUUCCUUAUGAUGUAUUCGGUCCACUUUCAGUUGGAGAAUACUUGAGACUUCCUCCCCAUGUUACCGUUGAAUUCAUUACAACUAAUGAUGAUAUAAAAAAACUAGAUUAACUUUUUGAUGAGCCAUUUAUUGGAGUUGACUCAGAAUGGAGACCAGAACUUACUAAGUUCCAUAAAACUUGUCCAUCUCUUUUCUAGAUCAGUGGUUCAAAAGUAUCCUAUUUGUUGGAUUUUGUGUCGUUAAAAGACGACAAGGACCUUGACAAUAAAUUGUCUGAUAUUUUCUCGCACAAGAAUGUGACAAUUGUAGGAUUCGCUUUCAAUUCAGAUGUUGAACAGUUUGCAAGAAAAUUCCCUAACUUAAAAUUCUACAGAUAUAUCCACAAUUUCAUCGAUGCUCAAAAUUACUUCAGUCUUGUAACUAAAUCUCCACCUAUGACAGGAUUAGCUAAAGUUUGCGAGAAAACAUUUGGAAAGCCAAUUUGUAAAAAAGAACAAAUGUCAAAUUGGGAGAGAAGACCUCUAAGACUAUCUCAAUAGCAUUACGGUGCACUUGAUGCCUAUAUAUUGGUAGAUCUUAUAUAAAACUUAGCCAAGUAAGGUGAGGAGUGUAACUGUCAUCUUGAAAAACAUGUAAGAGUGCUUGACAAUAGACAUUACAGACCAGUUGCAAAAGAUGAUGACGAUGAAGAGGGCAAUGGAUUCUUGGAUUCAAGACCUCCUGCUAUCUUCAAUCCAUAAGAGAGACAGAGAAAUUUCGGCGGUGGUGAUAAAAAGAAAGAAAAAGACUUUAUCCCAAGUAAAGGUCUUACUCCUGAGAUGAAGUCCUUUGGAUUCAUUGUUGACAAGACUUUAUUCAAAGUUGGAAAGAUGCUUCAAGAGAGAAAAGUUGAUUGCAAAAUUCCAGAAAAAGGGCUUGAAAGUGAAUAAAUAUGUGCCUUAGCCAUAAAAGAAAAGAGAGUGUUUGUAACUACAAACCUAAGAUUAUUCAAUAAAAAGCUUAAUGUUCCUAGUUGCUGUGUUGCUUUCAAGACUAGUCCAUUCAGUACAUUAUUUUUUAUUUUAAUCCAAUUAUAGACUAAUUCUCUGCAAUCCAAAAGUUUUUCUAAUUAUGAAUAGAAAAUAUUAAUCAGUUUAGCAGCAUUCAUAGAGUAAAGGUGGCAAAAAAAGUAAUUUAAUUAAUUUCCAAGAUGCGAUGAAAUCAUAUACAUAUAUUGA